AUGGCACUCAUCAAAAGAAAAACGACCAUUCCUAUCCCUAGUGUUUUCGAUUUCGCAGCGUCAGCUGAGCAAGAUUUCGGCUAUCCGUACACGAUGAUGGAGCGCCUACCCGGCCAUCAAGUCUCCAAUGGAUUGGCGAGAUCGAUUCCUCUGCAGUAUCAUGCCAAAAUAGCCAAACAGCUCGCGAGUGUCUUCUCAGAGCUUCAAAAUCUAACAUUCAGCCGCAUCGGGCGCAUUUGGUGCGGUGAUAAUGCUGAUGGGCCUGCCGAGGUGAUCUCAAUGGCUUGGCAUGCUGCGCCAGGGCCUCUUGAGACGUCACUCGAAUAUUUUUACUACCAGAGGCAAGAGGAAAAUCGACAAGUCAUGGCACUGCACUCUAGCGCAGAUCCAGAGUGGCUAACGGCCUGCUGGGUGUUGAAAUCGGCGCUGCCCUACAUGAUUAUUGAGGAUCGAGUACGAGGUCCAUUCCCACUUUGUCAUCUCGAUUUGCAUUACGGCAACAUGCUCUUCGAUGAGGAUUACAACCUGACGGGCAUCGUUGAUUGGAGCAAUGCGCAGGCCGCACCACUUGAGCAGCUAUCUGUCUGCCCCGAAUUUGUCGCAUUCCCAGGACUGUCUGGGGAGAAAAAUCGGCCCAUACUCGAGCUAAGAAAGCUGGUCCUGCAGGCGCUUGAGGAAAUGGAGAAGACACAGACAAAAAGACCACCAAUCGACCAACCUGAUCUGGACAUGACGGAGAAGAGGAGGUCAUCCUCUACGUUCGAUGCCCUCACCUCGCUCGUUCCACGCCACGACGAACCGGCUCUCACCUCGCUCUAUGAUCAAUUUAUCCUCUACGGCGCGUCCAUCAUGGAACAGGCUAGUACACAAGAGCGGGGCUUCGCUCUCGCCCCAGCCCUACAGCAAGCCUACCUUAGACGCCUCGACGUUGUCAACAGAGGAUUCAGCGGCUUUAACACGGAGCAGGGUUUGAAAGUUUUGCCGCAGAUCUUGCCAGAUCCCGAGCAGACCAGAGCUAUAUUGUUUGGAUCUAACGACGCCUGCUUGCCGGAUGCUGCAAACGGACAGCAUGUGCCACUAGACCAGUAUAAGAAGAACCUGGUCCAACUCGUCACUCACCCGGCCCUCGAGGCUCACAAGCCCCGGCUGCUACUAGUGACCCCACCGCCGAUUGAAGAGAGACGUCUCGACCACCGCGUGAAGAGCCAAGGCUACUUAAAGCUGAACCGCUCCAACGUGGUCACGAAGCAGUAUGCCGAUGCGGCCCGCGAAGUCGCCAAAGAGAUGAAAGUCGGCUGCGUCGAUCUCUGGACUGCCUUCAUGUCCAAAGCUGGUUGGAAACCUGGUGAUCCCCUCUACGGCUCGCAGGACUUGCCUGAAAAUGACGUUAUCAGAGCCCUGAUACACGACGGGCUGCACUUUACACCAGAAGCCUAUGAAAUCUUUUAUAAAGAGGUAAUCAAGGUUAUUUCAACCACCUGGCCUGAUGAAAUGCCCGAAAAGCUUCCAUAUAUUAUCCCGGCUUGGGACGAUGGGGCCGCGUGGGCAGCAGAGGGGCUUAAGAUGGGGAAGGACAACGUAGUUCGCCAUGACUAG